AUGGAUACAAGUCAUUUGAAUGUAAAACUUGCAAAGAGCAAAAAUCAAAUAAAGGCUAUUCAGAAGAAAUGGUCUGAGAUAUGCAAAAAUAAAUCUCAUAACACACAUCAAUGUAGAAAGAACAAAAAUAGUGCAAAAUCAGUUUUAGACAACCAACAAGAAGAAAAACAAUCAUAUUUAUUUUUCAAAGCCUCAGAAAGUCAAAGCAUUGGAUGUAAUAAUCGACUUGUAGAUUGCGGUUUAACAACCCAUAUUGUUACUGACAAAUCAAAGUUUGUACACCAAGGAACAAAUUUUAAAUCCACCAGUCGCUGUAUUGAGCUAGAAGAUGGCUCUGGAUCAACUGGGAUAGUGAAAGGUAGAGGUACAGCAAAGGUUGCAAUACACAGUUCAGACGGAAAAACUAGAGAUGUCUAUCUGGAGAAUACAUUGAGAUACCUCAAGAUAUUUUUUUGGUUUAAGCAGCAACAGAAAAAGGAGCUACAGUUAAUUUCAACCCCUAUUAUGCACAACUCGAAAAUCACCUUACUAAAGUAUGACCGGCAGAAAACCUGA